AUGAGAGAAAGGAGUGCAGGGGUGGCAAAUAAAAGGGUUAAAACCGACAAAGAGAGAUAUGAAUAUAAAGUGAGAAAGGCAAUAUCAUUGUUGAUAAGUACUUUGCAUGGUACAGAACUUCUGGGCUGCGUUUCCAUGUUGUAUGGUUCUCUGUUACCUCCAGAUUCAACUCCUCGCGUGGAGGGACAGUUGCCACCAAGUAUCCCAGAUCCGUGCCUAUCUUUAGCCACGGCCACCUUCAUAUUAUUAAGGAGAGUUGCUGAACUGGACCUGAACAAAUUCCAAGAAGUCUUGGGUGCAGAAGGCAUAUCACUGCAGUUUAGGCACAUUGCAAACCAUUUAAUUUGGUGUUGCUCUUCUCCAAAUAUUACCUCUAGCAGAGAUAAAAUUGAAACGGAAAAACUGUAUCAAGAUUUGCUACAUCAAGUGAUUGCAGUUACUGGAUAUUUUGCUGUGGAAAAUAUGGAAAAUCAGAUGUUAUUGGUUAGUGGUCAGAGUCCCUCCGUCCUUCAGCAGCUAUGUUCGCUACCCUUUCCAUAUUUUUCCGUCGAGGAGCUCUCCAAGGUUCUGUACCCGAGCCUUUUGGCGUGCUGUGUAGGCAACCAGCACACCACCGCCAUACUAAAACAAGAACUUUCCUAUGAGUGCGAGAAGCAAGUGCGGACGCACGGUCUUGAUUACGGCAGGACGGACCCUGCGACGCACGCCCAAUCAGCGAAUAUUCCUGCUCCAUUGUUGUCCACACAAAAGCCCCAAUAUGUUCCUGUUGGACGAUAG